AUGCUCAGGGAUAAUAGAAAUUCAAUAUCGCCUGGCGAGAGGGAAAAAUAUAGAACGCGAAGUCCAAUGGAGCCUGACCACAAAAAGCCGAAGAAGGAAGAGAAGGACAUGGGGCAUGAAUUAGUAGUAGACGACGCUAGUGAAGAGCCAACGUCACCGCACAACGGUGCGCCAUCGCCAAGAGAAAACGGCCUGGACAAAUUGCAACCAAAAAAGGAACAUCCACCUCACAGCCCCAGAUCUGGAACGUCUAGCAACGCAUCAACACCAUCAGCAAAAAAGUUAGAUGAAAAGCCAAGUACGCCCAUAUCGAAGCCUGUGACGCCUACGUCUGGGGCCAGCGGGGUCGCAGCUCCCUUAAAAGCGGCGGUGAAGCCGCCAGCGCUGCAAUAUCCCUAUUUGGGGAACGGGGCCCAUGACGCAUACGGCUUGGCGGGGUAUUCAGCGCGAGCGGCGUUGGCCUAUGAGCCCCUACGACCACCGAUAGGACCAGCUUCGCUUGCUCCAAUACCUGGAGGAAAACCGGCAUACUCCUUUCACGUAUCAGCAGAGGGGCAAAUGCAGCCCGUACCUUUCCCCCCCGAUGCCCUAAUGGGCCCGGGGAUCCCCCGCCACGCCCGACAAGUGUCGGCCUUAGCGCACGGCGAAGUCGUGUGCGCCGUGACCGUGUCCUCCCCCACAAAGUACGUGUACACGGGGGGCAAGGGCUGCGUCAAAGUGUGGGACAUCAGCCAGCCCAGUAAAGCCCCCGUCAGCCAACUGGAUUGCUUGCAACGGGAUAACUACAUAAGAUCAGUGAAGCUAUUACCAGAUGGGCGAACCUUAAUAGUGGGCGGCGAAGCCUCUAACCUAUCAAUAUGGGACCUCGCGUCUCCUACGCCACGGAUUAAGGCUGAACUGACCUCUUCAGCCCCUGCCUGUUACGCUUUGGCUAUAAGUCCCGAUUCUAAGGUAUGCUUCAGUUGUUGUUCUGACGGCAACAUAGCGGUUUGGGACCUCCACAAUCAGACCCUGGUCCGACAAUUCCAAGGACACACAGACGGUGCGUCGUGUAUAGAUAUAUCAGCGGAUGGUACUAAAUUGUGGACUGGAGGACUCGAUAAUACCGUCAGAUCGUGGGACCUAAGAGAAGGUCGGCAAUUACAACAACACGACUUCAGUUCACAAAUAUUCUCAUUAGGAUACUGUCCAACCGGCGAAUGGCUGGCUGUGGGCAUGGAGAACAGCAACGUGGAGGUCCUCCACGCGGUGAAGCCAGACAAAUACCAGCUCCACUUGCACGAAUCGUGCGUGCUCUCGCUGCGGUUCGCGUCUUGCGGGAAGUGGUUCGUCUCUACGGGGAAAGACAAUCUGCUCAACGCGUGGCGUACUCCAUAUGGCGCUAGUAUCUUCCAGUCAAAAGAAUCAUCAUCGGUGCUAAGCUGUGACAUUUCAUCUGACGACAAAUAUAUUGUAACGGGUUCCGGCGACAAAAAGGCGACAGUGUACGAAGUGAUCUAUUAA